GUUACAGGAGUGGGAAGGAGGAUUUUGUUAUGGUUUUUAUCUUGCAAGAAAAUAAGCAAAAUAUGUGUCCGACAAACACAAUCUGGUAUUUUCCCCCUUAUUUUUGUACAAAAUACAGUUGAUAAUACUAAUGAUUAAAAUUUUCUUUCGUGCUUUAAGAAAGAGAAUUUGCGUAAUUUGCAAGCAUCAGCGAUUCAUCAAAGGGAACAUGGCGGAUGGCACAUGGUCAACUGAAUGUUUUCAAAUACUUGUACUUGAUAAUGGAUGAAGUUGAUGAAGAAAAAGGAGGAUGGAGAUAUCUACAUGAUGGAUGAAGUUGGUGAAAAAAAGGAAGAGGGAAAUUUCUACAUGAUGGAUGAAGUUGGUGAAAAAAAAGGAAGAGGGAGAUUUCUACAUGAUGGAUGAAGUUGGUGAAAAAAAGGAAGAGGAUUUCUAAAGUACCGUACUUCUAGAUAUAACAACUCAGAUGACAAUCCAUUAUGAGGAUGAAUACAUACAGAAUAGAGCAGAGGUGUGGUCAGGUGCAAACUCAAACUCACUGAUAGAGAAGCAUGAAUCUACAAACUCACUGAUAGAGAAGCAUGAAUCUACAAACUCACUGAUAGAGAAGCAUGAAUCUACAAGCUCAAUCUAGAGGAGCAUGGAACAUGAUGAGGAUAUCUACAAGCUCAGUCUAGAGAAGCAUGGAACAUGAUGAGGAAAUCUACAAGCUAAGUCUAGAGAAGCAUGGAACAUGAUGAGGAAAUCUACAAGCUCAAUCUAGAGAAGCAUGGAGCAUGAUGAGGAAAUCCACAAACUCAGUCUAGAGAAGCAUGGAACAUGAUGAGGAAAUCUACAAGCUCAGUCUAGAGAAUCAUGGAACAUGAUGAGGAAAUCUACAAACUCAGUCUAGGGAAGCAUGGAACAUGAUGAGGAAAUCUACAAGCUCAUUCUACAAUCUGCACCAAACACAAACUUCAGAAUGCUUACAUGUACCUAAUAGCCACUUCAUUGAUCACUACUGUGUGCCUUCAUCUUCCAAGUGAUUUUAAAAUCUUGUGUAUGGAAAUGUGCAGUGUUUAGUUUUUAUUAUUCAUUGGAUAUAAUUCAUUAUUGGAUUAUGGGAAGAAGAUUAUGGGAAGAAAGUGAAGUGAGGCUUGGUCCCUAUCAGCUGUGACUUAAUCUGCACUACUUCACUGGCAAGGGAGACAAUCAGCUGUUGCCUCUUUGGGUGACUGUUGUUAUCUAAUUUCUUAAGCAGACCUGAUAACCAUUGGUAUUAAAAGAAAGAACAGAUGAACACACAGAAAGGAUCCAGCAUCAGAGAGCAAUUUCUACAGACCCCUGGGAAUUUCAUUAUCAGUGUCUCUUGUUGGAUUUAUGAAUGGAAAUUGCAAGUUUUCCCCUGAUAUUGGGGUGCCACUAUACACAGAUAGGAAAUCUGGUUUUCAUUUGAGACUAAGAGUUGUGGGAAUAUACAAGGAUUGCCAAACCCUCACACUGAUUUGGAGCAUUAUUUUUUAUAUUUGAGCCAAUGCACUAACAUUCCUUAAUUAACAUAGUUUUUGACAAAAAUUCCUUGAAUUAAAUGUGUUUUCUUAGGUAUUUCUUUAUUUCCUGUGCCCUUUGUAGUAAGGGCAAAUUGGGGUAAGGAUUAAAUGCUGAUAAAGAGAAGAGGAGUACCAACAGCCAUCACUUGUCAUUGUAAUCCCCCAACUCUUUCAUUAUAAAUCAAACCAUUUAUACUCUGUUAGACACCAAAUACUAUUAAUUUCAAUUUAAUAUUUAUUGAAGCACUUUUUCACAUUAAGAUUAUUUGAUAGUUUAAGAUGACUUGUUCCACUUUAAGAUGAUUCACUUCACCUCAGAUUUGUUCGGGUAGUUUUGUUUGAUUUAUAAUUGUGUUUUACUGUCAUUUAUUGCAAAAAUGUGCAUAGUGCCUCUAAAAAAGGAAAUAUUUUAUAUUAAAGAUGAAUGAAAGCUGUUGAAGAAAAAAAAAUUGAAAUUUAGGAUUAAAUCAUAAACAAAUGUAAUCGCUCAAUAUUCAAGGCAAGUCUUUGAUGUCCUUUUGGGGGUUAUUUAAUGGGACUUAUAUAUGAAUCAAGGUAGAUACCGAAUAAUCUUGGUGACAUUAUGAAAUAUGUUGCACAGUUCAUGGAAAUGAAAGAACUACGGGUCACAGACCCUGGCUGAAAUUUUGGGGGGAGUACUCGUCUGGGUGAAUGACCCCCCCUAGAUAGGAACCAUUGAUCAAUGUUUUUGUCAAAUGUAAACACUUUCAAAAUUCAUUUGACAGCACUUGAAGGUUGUUCUUUUGUAUUGGCUAGUAGUGUAGAUGGGAAUGGAUGAAUUUUUUGUAUGUUUUGAUGUCCAGAUUGUUGUUUACAAGAAUUGUUAUGUAUGAAUUUAUCUUUUGAGGUUAUUUUGAUUUCUAACAUUAUCUAUAUCAUUGAAAUAAAUUCAAAUUAUUCCUGAAUUUGUUUUUUGUUUGUUCUCACUGUGAAUAUUUAGUACUUAUUUCAGGAUUUUUAGGUCUUGUUGGGCAAGAUAUUUAGGAAAGACUUUUGAGCACACGAGGAGAGCGAAAGACUUCAGGGUGCCUGGGGACAUAGUAAGGAGGAAAAACCUGAACUGUUACAAACCUGUAGAAAUGAAAUGGCUAGGCUGAUUCACCUCAUAACAAAAGAAUUGUCAACUUAUAUUGUCCAUAUCCCGAAUACACAUUCUAACAAAGGAUUUUCCAUGCAUACACCUGUACGUCUUUACCAAUGAAAAACCAGGGAUAUGUCAGAUGCUUUACCUCCGAGACGCUUGGCAUGAUGCAUCACAUUUGGCUUUAACCUUUUUUGGGAAUAGGAUACAAAGGAAUGGACCAAGAAAAAAUACGAAGAAAGGAGAGGGGUGAUGACAAAAGGAAGAAAAACGAAAACGGAAAAAUGGACUACGAAACUUACCAACCUUGUUUCUAUGAAAAUGAAACGGAGACCUUGUCGCACUCGUUACCAAAUGAGGAUAUGUGGAAAAAAUUCGAAUUGCUGCCAACACCACCGCUGUCACCCAGGCGGGAUGAUGAAUAUGACGUGAAUUCACUGGAUAUGGAAGAUUUCAAUCUCAUCUUCGACGAAUUUUUUGAGAAAGAAAGUGAAAAUCCUAAGAUUAUUACGUAUUCAGAGACUCCGCCGAAUUUGAAUUCCAAUCUGAUUCAAGAUUGUAUGUGGUCUGGUGAUUCUGGGAGAUACCCCACUGGAGACAAGAAUGCAGUAUGUUCAGAUGUCAACUCCUCUGAUUGUGUAGAUCCAGCAGCAGUCUUUCCAUAUCCUAUGCAUAGUUUGAACAGCAUUCAUAGUGAGACUAAGUUUCACAGCUUAGGAACAGAAACCCCAUCUGACUCUGAGGAAGAAAUUGAUGUAGUGACUGUGGAGAAAAAGCAACUUCAGCAAGUUCCUGUUGUGCAAGCAAAGAAGACUGUUUUUACAGUACAGAGUGUAAAAACCGAGCGAGUGGAGGUUAAUGAUGACAAACUGGGUGCUGCCAAAACAACUGUCACAGUGAAAGUGAAAGUUGAUUGUCCCACAGAUGAACAUCCAUACAGUCUACCAGUGUCAUCUCUGAAACGUGUUCGGUCUCUUCCAAAUUCCCCAUCAAUGUCACCUUUACCAUCUAAGAGGUGUAAACGAGAAUUAACAGACAGAGAUAUGAAGAAAGUGUGUCAUAAACUUCGAGCUAGUGGAAGUAGUAGUGCAUCUUCAAGUCGAAAUUCCUCAGACUCUGAAGAUUACCCUGAAGGUAAAAGGACUCAACACAAUGUGUUAGAACGCAAAAGGAGAAAUGACCUCAAAUUCAGUUUUUUUAGUCUCAGGGAUAGUGUACCAGAACUGAUAAAGCAGGAACGUGCACCAAAAGUUCAGAUUCUCAAAAAAGCAUCAGAGUAUAUCAGAAAAUUAAGUUCUGAUGAACGUAAACUUGAAAGUGAAAGAGAAAUGUUGCAGGAAAAACAUGAACAGCUCAGAAGGACUUUAGAAAAACUUCAUGCAAGGGAAUUUUAACGUGGCAGUAACUAGAUGUGUUGCAUGUAUAUGCUAGAACUUUAGGGCAAGUUUGUGUUCACUUCAUAUUAAAACCAAAUUGUGUUCAAGAAGACAUCAUUCACGAGUUUUUACCUGGUUGGCAUUUCAUUCAUCACUGCCACAAACUGAUGCAAAUCAAUUUCUUGACUAUUUUGUACAUUAGUAGCCUUCUGUUUUCUAAAAUUAUACAUAUAUACUUUGUUUAUACUGCCUGUAGGAUGUAGAUUUACACAGGAUUUCUUUGCAGAUUUUGUUAAUAUGAAUUUUUGUUGCUUCAUAUUGUUGCAAUCUUGUCUUUGUACUAUAUUGGACAGGUAUGCAUAGGAGCUAGAAACCCAGCUCUUGGAGUUUGUUAAGAUUUAAAAAUUUUAUUUGUGAAAUACAUUACCUUUUAAUUAUAUGUUUCUCUAUCUGCAAGAAGCAGUUUUGUGGUUUAUUAGUCUUGUUUGGUUGAUACUAUUACCUUUAUAACUGUAUAGUUUGUUACAUGAUUUUGUUUGAUAUAGUUGUACAAUGAAAUGUUCUAGUUUGAUUAAUUCAGUGAAAACUGAAUCAUGACAUUACAGAAGUUUCUUUUUCAAAUUCAUUGGAAAAUAGACAAACCUGGUUGUAUUUCUUGUCAUAUGUUUCAUAGAAAUACUGCCAAUUGCUUCAGUUUAAGAUGUGUGUGUUGUUUUGCAGUGCAAUGCAGGUUAUUCUGUGAUGUUAGUUGAUGCAUACUAUUACAAUAAUGAAUUGCGUGUCAAAAUUAUGUACUAUGGUCUAACAUGCAUUAAUUUUUCAUUUCUUGUCUGUAGAAUCCAUAUAUAAUAUUUUGCAUAAGUUUUUCAUAUAUGUUUCCUUGCAGUGAUUUGAGUGCUGUAACCAUUAAAUAUUGGCUUACAUCUUUAUUUGUAUUAGGCUACAUGCACAUAUCUUCCAUCUUGCUUUGUACAAGUUUCACCUCAUUCAACCUAAUAAAUUCAAAAUACCUUUAA